GCUAGCGCGCGUCCCCGAGCACGGGAAGGAGGGGCUGGUGACAGUGCGGAGCUCCUGCCAGCGUCCGCGCCUCGGGAGCGGCCGGACGGAAGAGAAGGUUCGCCAGACGCCGGUCGGCUGCCCGACCUUUGGGACUCAAAGCCGAGCUGAACGGCCGCGGCUUCUGGUUGGUCGGGGAGGCGCUGCGGCCACCUCAGGAAGAUGUUUAACGUGGAGUCCGUGGAGCGGGUGGAGCUGUGCGAGAGCCUGCUCACUUGGAUCCAGACCUUUAACGUGGAUACACCAUGCCAGACCGUGGAAGAUUUAACGAAUGGGGUGGUGAUGUCCCAGGUUCUUCAAAAGAUAGAUCCUGCAUAUUUCGAUGAUAAUUGGCUAAACAGAAUCAAAACUGAAGUGGGAGACAAUUGGAGGUUAAAGAUAAGUAAUUUAAAGAAAAUUUUAAAAGGAAUCUUGGAUUACAAUCAUGAGAUUUUAGGACAGCAGAUUAAUGAUUUUACCCUUCCUGAUGUGAACCUUAUUGGGGAGCAUUCUGAUGCAGCAGAGCUCGGAAGGAUGCUCCAGCUCAUUCUCGGCUGUGCUGUGAAUUGUGAACAGAAGCAAGAGUACAUUCAAGCCAUUAUGAUGAUGGAGGAAUCUGUUCAGCAUGUUGUCAUGACAGCCAUUCAAGAGCUAAUGAGUAAAGAGUCUCCUGUCUCUGCUGGAAAUGAUGCCUAUGCUGAUCUGGAUCGCCAGUUGAAGAAAACUACAGAGGAACUAAACGAAGCUUUGUCAGCAAAGGAAGAAAUUGCUCAAAGGUGCCAUGAAUUGGAUAUGCAGGUUGCAGCACUUCAGGAGGAGAAAAGUAGUUUAUUGGCAGAAAAUCAGAUAUUAAUGGAACGACUCAAUCAAUCAGAUUCUAUAGAAGAUCCCAACAGUCCAGCAGGAAGAAGACAUUUGCAACUUCAGACUCAGUUAGAGCAGCUGCAAGAGGAAACAUUCCGACUAGAAGCAGCAAAAGAUGAUUAUCGGAUACGCUGUGAAGAGUUAGAAAAGGAAAUCUCUGAGCUUCGGCAGCAGAAUGAUGAGCUAACCACCUUGGCAGAUGAAGCUCAGUCUCUAAAGGACGAAAUAGACGUUCUCAGACACUCUUCUGAUAAAGUAUCUAAACUAGAAGGUCAAGUCGAAUCUUAUAAGAAGAAGCUGGAAGACCUUGGGGAUUUGAGGCGGCAGGUUAAACUCUUAGAAGAAAAGAAUACUAUAUACAUGCAGAACACUGUCAGUCUGGAGGAAGAAUUAAGAAAGGCUAAUGCAGCCCGAGGUCAGCUUGAGACAUACAAGAGACAGGUUGUAGAGCUGCAAAAUAGAUUAUCCGAUGAAUCAAAGAAAGCAGAUAAAUUAGAUUUUGAAUAUAAGCGGCUAAAAGAAAAAGUUGAUGGUCUUCAGAAAGAAAAAGAUAGAUUAAGAACAGAAAGGGAUUCUCUGAAGGAAACCAUUGAAGAGCUCCGUUGUGUCCAGGCUCAGGAGGGGCAGCUCACCACUCAAGGGUUAAUGCCUCUGGGGAGCCAGGAAUCUUCAGACAGCCUCGCAGCAGAGAUUAUUACACCCGAAAUCAGGGAGAAACUUAUUCGUCUUCAGCAUGAGAAUAAGAUGUUAAAAAUCAAUCAAGAGGGUUCAGACAAUGAGAAAAUUGCCUUAUUGCAGAGCCUUCUAGAUGAUGCAAACCUACGCAAGAAUGAGCUGGAGACAGAGAACAGGCUGGUGAAUCAGAGACUUCUAGAAGUACAGUCACAAGUAGAAGAACUGCAGAAAUCAUUGCAGGAUCAAGGCUCAAAAGCAGAAGAUUCAGUUCUUCUAAAAAAGAAGCUUGAAGAACAUCUAGAGAAGCUGCAUGAAGCCAACAAUGAAUUACAGAAAAAGAGAGCCAUAAUUGAAGAUCUCGAGCCAAGAUUUAACAACAGCUCCUUAAGAAUUGAAGAAUUGCAAGAAGCUUUACGGAAGAAAGAAGAAGAAAUGAAGCAAAUGGAAGAGCGCUAUAAAAAGUACUUGGAGAAAGCCAAAAGUGUUAUUCGUACAUUAGACCCUAAACAGAACCAAGGAGCAGCACCAGAAAUACAAGCUCUUAAAAACCAACUGCAGGAACGGGAUCGACUGUUCCACUCAUUAGAGAAAGAAUAUGAGAAGACGAAGAGUCAAAGAGACAUGGAGGAGAAAUACAUUGUUAGUGCCUGGUACAAUAUGGGAAUGACUCUACAUAAAAAGGCGGCUGAAGAUAGACUAGCUAGCACAGGUUCAGGGCAGUCAUUUCUAGCAAGGCAAAGGCAAGCAACCAACACAAGAAGAUCCUAUCCAGGCCAUGUCCAGCCAGCCACAGCAAGGUAGAGAGGUCUCGCCAUUAGGGAUUUUUAAAAGGCAUACUUCUGUUACAUAUAACAACAUUUCAGGAAAUCCAGCCGGCUUCGUUUGUUCUCUCCUGUGUUGAUAUUUAGUGUUCCUCAUGUGAGGAUCUCUCUUGCAUCUUUUAGUUUCUUUGUCCUUUAUGGUCUUUUCAGUUUCUUUUAAUGUGCCAAAAAUUUGUAAAUGUACAAUUAAAAACGUUGUAUAAUAGUGUAAUACUUUUCUUUGUAUGAAAAUGUCUUCUUCCCCAUUUGUGUGGGCUUUGUAAAGAAUCAGAUUUUCUGCCAAUAAUUGAUACACAAUUUAUAUUCUUUAUCGUGCCUACUGUGUUACCAUACUUUAUAAGAAUGUCUUUGUUUAAAGGGAAUUAAUCUUUUUAUGGUGUAUUAAUCUGUGUUUUCAAUUGUUUUCCAAAUGCACUUCAGAUAACUUCAAUAUUUACUGUACUAUCCAGAGUGGUGUCAAGUGCACUUGUGCAAAGGCAGAAACAUUGGCAGAGGCCGUAGUCAGAUCGUAUGGCACCUGGCAGGGUCGCUUGGAGGGAAGAAAGAAGUUUUCAUGUUGUUUUACUAGAAAUUAACUUACUCUAAGAUUUGGAGUUCAUUUUCAGAAUAUAAUUAUGUGAAAUGUCACUAUGUCCUGCUGUCAUGUUUGCUGGCAGAAGUGGAAUUGGUGAAGAUGUUUGGGUAGACAUUACAGAGGAUAAAAAAAAUUGGCAGGCUUUUUUUUUCUUCCUUUGAAAUAUCUUAGUAGUUAAGAAUCAGAUUCUAGCCACACACUUUUAAUUACUCUCCACAUGUAAAAGAUUUAUUUUUCAUAUAGGUAGCCUUAUCUUUGGGGCAGUUCUUUGACUUAUGCCUUACAUGUUUUAUAUAUUCUGUAAGCCUUCCCUUUUCUCCAUUAAUCUUGAUAGCUAACAUCUUAAUACCAUUAAUUAAGAUCAGUACAUGCCUUUUGUGUGUAAUAUUAUGAUAGAUCUCUUUACAGUGUUUCCUAACUCUACCUAUGAGUCCAAGAGUUGGUAACUGGAGAGAUUUUGGGGUAUUUAGUUGUUGAAAUUGCUUACUUUAUAUGCCACAUUUAUUUACAUAGAUGAAUGCCUGCUAAGCAGUCGCUGGGAAGCACUUUGUCUAUAUAAGGUAUCAUAUAAUUUUAAACUAUCAUUCAUUUGAAAAUUAUAUACCUUUUGUCUUUCUCCAUAUUGAUUUAUGUAUUUGAUCCCAGGUAAUAUUUAAGAUUUCUUCCAGCCUUUUUCUUGUUCCAAACCACAUUUUUCAAAAGAAAAAAGAAAUCUGGAAUUUGGCCAGAGGGUUAUUUUGUUUGUUUUUAGGUAAGUCAUCUAGUGUAAGAUGUUAUUUUAUGUACUUGCUAUUCGAAGUGCUGAUGUUACUUAGUUCUGUAUAAAAGACAAAUAACUUUAAUUCCAGUUUAAUGUGAUUAAGACUUUUCAGAAACUAUAUGCAAGUGCUUCAUUUUAACUCCUCUUUUAUAAGAAAAUUGAUCUAGAAAUUUGUCCUGCAUGUUUUGUUUUGUUUUGGUCAGACAGAGUCUUUGUGUAACCCAGGCUGUCGUGAACACAUGAUUAUAGAUGUGAACCUCCAUACUCAGCUCUUAGAAUGUCUUUUUCCUGAGAACCAUUAUUGAGGAAAGGUUUAGAACGCAGAGGAACAGAACUGCACACGUGCAGCAUCUCCUUAAAAGAUGCUCAUUGCGGAGUCUGAGCACAGUGCAAGGACCAUGCGCUGCGGGUGCAGGGCAAACAGACAUUAUCUUUUAGGUCUGGUUUUGUUUAUUUCAAGACAAUCUAUCUGUAUUAUCCAGACUUUCUCAAAUCCUUUGACUGAAAGCCAUCCUCCUGCCUGUGCCUUCCAAGAGGGUGAAUUUAAGGUAUAUGCUGUCAUGCCCAUGUGAUAUGUCAAGUUUGAAAAUAAGAGAUUAAAAUUGGGGCCAGCAAAAUGGCUCAGCUGGAAGAAUACUUGCCGCCAAGCCUAACGACCUCAGCUCGUGAGAUUCCUGGGGUCCAGGUGAUGAGGGAACAAGCUACUCCCAAGGAUUGUCCUCUGACCUCCAGACUCACACAGUUUUAGGUACACACACAUAAAUAUGUUUUAAAAGAUUAAAACUAGUUUAAAAUACUCUUACUUCAUCUUUAGUUCACAGAAUAUCUAAAACUCAAGCACUUUUAAAGAAACAAAUUAGUUUAUGGUCCCUACUCUUAAUAAAAUACUGCUUUUUGAGAAGUUAUGCUUUUAGAACAAAGAAGAUGUGAAAGCAGGAGACUCUGGAAGCCACUUUUCAGCUAGUUUUACCUGUGAGGUAAAAACAUCUCAACGUUUUGAUUUUCUGUUUACCUGCCCUCUCUAUGUGCACACUCACCUACCCAGAUAUUUUCUCUAGAUGUUUUGGAAAUGCCUCAAGCUUUCAGAAGGAAAUUUAGCUUCUGAUUUUCAUCAGCAUCUGCUGUGUGCUAAUUUCAGUGUCUAUAACCUUCACUUUGUUGUCUGUAUCUUUAAUGUUUGGUGGAUUUCACUCAGUAAAUGGAAGAAAUAUCGUGUGAUAUUUCAGAAUAAAAUAAAGUAUACUUUCAUAAGAAA